AUGUCAAACACUGUUAUCCCAAGCCUUUGGAGCAACUUUCUUGAAGGAGACAGGAAGUUGGUCCGAGUUAUCGUCAAAAUUGCAAGCAUGGUUCAUCACCGCUCUCGCUCACAUGGUCGUGAAAGAGACAGAGACCGCGUCAAAGACGACAAGCGCUCUUCUAAAUUGGACCCACCAGACGAAUACAGGAAGCGGCGGCGUAGUCGGAGUAGGGAUCACGACGAGGAACACUCACGCCGACAGAGAGAGCGAAGUAACAGUAGAGCCAAAGACGAAGAGCGCAAGGACAAGAAACGCAAACGCGACAAGUCCGAGGAGCGCAGAGCCCGCAAAGCAGAGAAAUUGCGCAUAAAGGAAGAGGAAGAAGCUCGUCAGGUUGCUGAACUUAGUGUAUACAGCGCAACCGAUAAUCCCUUCCACGACGUAAACCUCGGGCAGCAGUUCCGCUGGCAUAAGAAAAAUGAGAAGGACCGCAAACAAGGAUUGUCCCUCGCGGAGGCACAGCAUAAGGAUGCGAUUAGAAGGCAAGAUGCUAAGGAGGAGCUUGAGAGGUUAAACAGGCGGAGAGCGGAACGGGAAGCAGAGCAACGCCUGCGGGAAGAGGAAGAGUCGCGCAUGGCAAGAAUGGCAGAGUCUGCUCAGAUGUCGGAAUGGAUAGCGAAGGAUGGGGAAUUCCAGUUGGAGCAGGAGCGAAGCCGGGCUGCCAUUCGCAUAAGGGAAAAGAGGGCCAAAGCUAUUGACUUCUUGGCCUUGAACUUGAAGUAUGCACAUCCGCUGGACGAAGAUCAUAUCGAGGACGAUGCCGGGCUCGAAAUUGACCUUGACGAGCCGUAUAACAUUUUCGACAAUCUUUCGCCUGACCAAAUUGACGAACUUCAUGAUGAUAUUGAGCGUUACCUCUCACUUGAGACCUCUGAGGUGGACAUCGACUUUUGGACGAAUAUGAUGGUGGUCUGCAAAGACCGUAUUGACAGAAUUAAAGCCAGUGAACGCAUGGGGGUAGAAGCAUCAGUCGCUGUGGAAUCAGAAAUCACUGCACUUUUAUCUGGUAAAAGCUACGACCAUCUUGCAACGCUUCAAAAGCAAAUCCAGGCAAAGCUCGCAAGCGGUGAACCUAUUGAUACGGACUACUGGGAGGGGCUCCUGAAGAGACUACUUGUUUGGAAGGCAAAGGCAAAGUUGAAGAGCCUGCAUGAAGUCGUCGUUCGCAAUCGACUUGAGCAGUUACGCAAGCGCCAGCGUGACGAGGCUCUACACGCACAGGAAGAGCUUCUUGCUGGUGUUGCUCGAUCAGCAGCUCAAGGGUUGAAAGACGCAAAUUAUGUUGUACCUGUGACCACAGCAGAAGCAGACACGCAGGAGGACAUGGAACCUUAUGAUAGGUCUAUGAGUCCGCCACUGAUAGACAUCACAAAGUUAACGGAAGAUGAACGCCAAAUCGACAUAGUGACAGAGCUUGACGACCUUCGUGCUUUGCUGAAACAACGCCGUACGGUCGCUGCCUCGCGUUUCGUGCCCAAGGCUGCUCAACCUAUGGUUGAGGUCGAAGUUCCAGAGAUUGCAAGCGGUGCUGACCUCGCUUCCGAAGCUUUGUACAGGGCCGAGGCAGAGAGAGAACUCGACGAAGAGGAGGAACUCUUUAACCUUGAGGAGAACAUUGCAAAUCCUACGUCAUACAACUGGGAGGAUAAAUACCGACCUCGGAAACCUAGAUACUUCAACCGCGUGCAUACUGGCUACGAAUGGAAUAAGUAUAAUCAGACUCACUACGACGUCGACAACCCGCCUCCGAAGGUCGUUCAGGGUUAUAAAUUCAACAUCUUUUACCCGGAUCUGAUCGACAAAUCAAAAGCCCCUACGUACAAAAUCGUCAGGGAAGCCGGCAAUGAGGACACCGUGUUGUUACAUUUCAGCGCUGGACCUCCAUAUGAAGACAUUGGUUUCAGGAUCGUCAAUCGGGAGUGGGAGUUUUCACAUAAACGGGGCUUCCGAAGUAGUUUUGAUAGAGGAUGUCUGUCACUUUGGUUCAAUUUCCGUCGUAAUUUCUAUCGGAAGUAG